UCAAUAAACAUGGUGGUUAGUGUGUACGUUCGUAGAAGGUUGGCAUUUGUUUUUUAAAAAUACGGUGAUAAGUGUCGCAGUGAUAAAAACUUAUGGUGAAGGUAAAAGACGAACCGGUGAUGGCAGAGCCGAAUUCUGCACCCACUUCCCAACCUUCGACCGUCACGCCUAACCCAUCUUCUGCCUCCAUGCCAAGGAAACAACGUCCGUAUACCCAUCCGCACCACCACCACCUCCACCCCCCAUUCCAGCACUUCAGCCACUAUCACCAGUACUGCACCUACCCCUCCGACACUGCCGACGCCACCGGCGGCACCAACGGGGCCUCCUCCCCGGCCAAGUUCUAUUUCGGGCCUGGCUUCGAGCCCCAGCAGCAGAUACCAGGGGGCCAUUACGGCCCUGGGCCCAGUCAAUCGCAAAGCAAUGAAUACGUCGUGUUUUUUCACGUGAACCCUGGCGUUACCAUCAGCUUCCAGAUGGGGGAUAACUUGGAAGUCUUAAGAGGUCCGGUGACAGUGCCAAUGGUGUCGACGAAUUCGUCGCCUCCCAUAGCAAUGCCAGUGCAGGUUCCUCCAGGUCACGUAGUUCAACAAAUAGUAGACGAAAGUGGGACGUUACGCCACGUCAUCCUGUCAACUCAACACCCUCCAAAUCUAGUACCGCUUCCAUCGCACAAUCCCCAGCACUACGCUGCUGGCCCGGGUAACGGCACAAGCCAAUCUCAACAGUUCUACCCGGGGUUGCCAACGGGGUUUCCCCCUCAACAUUUCCAUUCCAAUAUCCAACCGGGGCCUCCGGUGCCCAGUCCAACGCACUUAGGACACUCGUCACCACCCAAUCCAACGUACUACAAGGACGAAAGAACGCAGAAGCAGCACAUCAAACUCAAAAAGAAAUUACAUGAAAAACAGCAGAAGACCGACACUCUGUUGCCUAGAAAGGAAUUAGUCAAUGGUUUGAAAAGAUCCGGGAUCAAGGAGAAAGGGAUGAAUAGUGUGGGUACCAGCGAAGAUGGGGAAGAGAGUAGUGUUCCAGAUGAGGAAGAUUCAUUCCAGAUCAUUACUGAUAUUUUAUCGUCCGUCCAGGCACCUAAGGUGUCUGAACUGAGUUCCCGUAGUGCCUUAUUGCAGUGGGCACCGCCCAUUCGAUUAUCAGAAUCAGCCAGCAACGAUAGCCAUGAAAUUGAUAUUUCUGAAUCAGACUUAAGAUACGAGGUACUGCUCAGUGAUAAAAGUAAGGAAAUGAAAUUCAAGUCAAUAUACAGUGGUGCUUCACUGUCCUGUCGAAUCCAAGACUUAAAACCAGGCCAAGAAUAUUCGGUUUGCCUUCAGGUGCAUUUAGACGAAUUGCAAGGUUCUGCGACAGACCCUAUUAAAUUUAUUACUCCCCCCUGUGAACCGGAUCAACCCCAGUCCCCGAAAUUGAUUCACAGAACGAAAAAUUCACUUCAGCUUAGAUGGAAUGCCGUAAACGACAAUGGCUCACACAUACUGCAUUACAUAUUAGAGUAUGAUGACGGUAGAGGUGAAUUUGUAGAAUUUUAUAAAGGUAGAGGAAAAACUCACACUUUACAAAAAUUACUACCGGCAACCUCGUACAAUUUUAGAUUAGCCGUUGUCAACGAAGUAGGCAAAAGCUUGUACUCAGACCCCAUUUCUUAUUCAACGUACGAUAACCCACCAACACAGCCCAACCCUCCUGCAUUAAUCGAGGCCACGGUGCAAUCCCUUCAUUUACAAUGGAAUCGACGGCCUAAAGAUGACGAGUUUGUUUUACAAAUGAACGAUCCCAAGACAAAAUACGGCCACAUGACUGUUUACAAUGGCAGGGAGAACUACCAUAUCUGUAGAGGAUUGACUUGCUUUAGUGAUUAUACUUUUAGACUACGUGCAAGAAACGAUGACGGCAUAUCUCCAUGGUCUGAAGAAGUAACUUAUCGCACACUCCCCGACAGGCCAGCAAGGCCUUCCAAGCCUAUAGUGAAAGGUAGAAUACAUGCACAUUCUUUUAAACUUAAAUGGGAGCCUCCAAGUGACACUGGAGGAGCAGAGAUAACUAGGUAUAUUUUAGAGGUGAAUUCCGGUAGUGGUUACGAAACCGUUUACUCUGGUAUUGAAACGGAAGCAGUCUGUGAUAAAUUGACCCCCGGCACGACCUACCAAUUGCGGGUGAGUUGCAUUAGUGCCGGGGGUUGUAGCAAUUACUCUGAUCCUUGCACUGUUACAACGGACGCUAUAAGCCCAGGCCAGUGUGCUGCACCACGACUCCAUGGAAAGCCUAAGUCCAAUAGUAUAACCAUCCGAUGGAUAGAACCAGAUUACAACGGCGGAGCUCCUGUUCUAGACUAUGAAAUAGAAAUGGUUUCUCCUGACUCUAGUCGAAGCAUAGUCCAUAAAAGCAAAGAAAUGGAGUGCACAGUCACAAAUCUUAGUCCAGGAUGUGAUUAUUACUUCACAGUAAGAGCUGUUAAUCGAAUAGGCCCAGGCGUUUGGUCGGAACCUUUGAAGGUCACUAGUGGGGCAGCUCCUCCAGCUGCACCCGAAAUUCCAACACUUCACUGCAAAUCUCCAUUCCAUAUAUACGUUGAGUGGCAGGAGCCUCCAUGUAAUGGAGCUGCUAUCACUGAAUAUAGACUAGAGAUGAGUCCUGAGCUCGGAGAGGAUAAAUUUUAUAGUGUCUACCAAGGUCAUCAAAUGAAUUAUGACAUCAAAGGUCUAAAUCCUUUUCAUACAUACUAUUUCAGAGUGCAAGCAAGUAAUAGUGCUGGGUAUAGUUUAUAUUCUCCUGUAGCUGCCACUUUAACUCCAGCCGCACCACCCUCCACAGUUACAACAUUAAGAAGCGAAUCGACUCCUACAUCAAUUAUUCUAUAUUGGAACCAUCCUGCUGACAACGGAUCUGAUAUAAUACAUUAUAAUAUCGAGAUAGGUGAUAAAACAAUAUCGACAGAGUCUCCAUUAAACGAAUAUACCCUAGAAAACCUUCAACCCGAUACUCUCUACAAAAUCAAAAUUCAAGCAGUGAAUGGUGUAGCCCCUGGCUCCUUUUCUUCAACAUUAAGAACAUCAACCUUAAGACUACCGCCGGCUGCUCCGAAAUUAGAAUGCGUUGGAGUAGGCCAUAACUAUCUCAAGUUGAAAUGGGGCGAGGGUAAAAACACCGAUUAUAUUCAGUAUUGUGUAGAAAUGGAAAAUACACGGUCUAGGGAAUUCCAAUGUGUUUAUAAAGGUACUGCCCUUACCUGCAAGGUCAACAAACUGCAUGAAGUUACAACUUAUAAAUUUAAAAUUAAUGCAUCUAACGAUGCUGGAGUGGGAGAUUUUUCAAGAGAAUAUGAAUUUACUACCAGCAUUGCGCCGCCAACUGCUCUUAAGAUUCCUAAACUUGUUGAAGUGGAACAAAAAAUUUGUACACUGGAAUGGUUGCCAGCUAGGAACGUAUUUACCGAUCCCAUAGUUUACCAAGUUCAGUUAACUCGGCUGAAGGACCAAACAUUUAGACAGGUAUACAAAGGACCUGAAUCCAAAUGUGUAAUCGAAGAUUUGGAGCCAGGUACAGAAUACCAGGCUAGAGUGUGUCCAAUAAGAGUGACGAUGACGGGAGAACUUCCUGGGCCCUAUUCCCCAACCAUCAACUUUUCCACUCUGGCAGCGGAACCUACUGCCGUGUUGAAACUGGCCUCACCUAGCACUAGCUCACCUUCGCAUAUGCAUAAAGGCCGUACUCUCUAUCAUUCCUUGUGGCAAAUGUUCACAGUUAAACAAUUUCCUGAUGAAUACUGCACUUAUGUGUACGUGAUUCUAGUAAUGUUAAUUGGAAUAGUCAUAUCUUUGGGUAUCGCAGCAUUUUUGUAAGUGUAAUCAGUGUGUCUGCUUGAAGCUCACUAAAGACUUGCAGUGUUAGUCGGCCUGAGAGACUGGCUUAACAAGAAAUCCUUAAGAUUCUUAAGUAUUAUUAAACAGGGCUUUUUAUUAUAAAUUAUAUUAAUUAGAGGACCAAAGCGUCAUGUUUUGGUAUUUUUAUACAUGUCUCCGUACUCGGCGUGGUGCUAUCCAAUUAAUUAAAGAUGUGAUUGUUCAGCGACGGAUUGUCGUAACUGACCUAUGGUUUGCUACUAUGUGUGUUGUUAUUCCAGUCAUAUGUACAUUUAUAUAUAUUAUAUAUAUCAUAUGUGGUUGGCGGUAUUAUUAAAUUAUUAUAAUUAAAUCAAUUAUUAAGUGGCUGGAAAGUAUGUACCUAUAGACAAAAUAUGAAAUCUUUGUAUUGCAAUUGUAUAGGUUGAAAAAUCAUUUAUUAUAUUAUAUACCUAAAUCUAAUGUUAAUCUAUUAUGAUCUAAUCAAUAUUAUUUUAGAGUUGGCUAUACUGGGAUGUGUAUAUGUGCGCUUUGCACUAUCAAGAGAUAUAUUAAUAUAUUAUAGGUAUAAAUACAUAUAUUAUAAAUAAAUCAAUUAUAUUUUAUGUACUAGUA